AUGGCGUUUGGUUUCGGGAUGUUGGGCAGUGCUGUGGAAAGGACGGUGAAAAAGACCACAGAGCUUGCUGUAAAUGCCGGUAGUAAAGCGGUGGACAUGGCCAUUGGGGAAGACCGCAAGAAUCGCAUGGUGGCUGACUUUCUUAACACGCUCGCCGAGGCCCCUGGAGCAGCGGACCUGUUGACCAACGCCGCGGCAGCACUGGUCCAAAAGGUUACCCCAGCCCCAAUGGCAAGGCUCCUCGAAUCUCUUUGCGGGGCCUUGGACCUUCUCAAGCCCGAGGUCCUGCUGACUACCAUGGUGAAAAUGACACGGACGGUUGUAAAGGCAAUUCUCAAGGAUGCGACUCACGUCUUCACCAUCCGGAAGGGAGUACUGAGUAACGAGCUCACCGGAGCCACCAUCCAAUUUCUGUGGGACCAACGGCACGAGGUGGUGAAUUUCCUGGUCGACGUAAUCGAAUGCGCCAAGGGUUACGUCAAGUCCGACUCAUUGACCGGGAAGCGCCAUCAGCUGGAUGAACACGGCCUUGACAAUGAACUGGACCUCCGAGACCCGAUGAACCGACACGCUCUGCUGUGCCAAGUCCAGAGGUUGGUGAAGUCCGUCGUCUACAUCCUGACUCAACUGCCGCAACCGCUGAAGUUCGAGGAAAUCAACAUGACGGCCGAAACCCAACUGCUCACCGACUCCAUACACUCUGGGGCGAUCGUGAAAGUCACUCCGUCGGGCUCUCAGAUCCUACAGGCAAUUCCUGAUGCAUCGGUCAAAGAUUUGAGAAGGGACUCAGCAGUAGGAGAAAUGAUGGCCAACGGGAACGGAGUCCAGAAAAAGAUGGUCAACGGAGAACCCAGAAGAGCAGUCAACGGAGUCGCCGAUCCUUCGAACCCUUCGCCGGCAGAUCAUAGUGACGCAAAGGUCACAGACGAGAAGUGGAUAUUCGUCAAUGGCAUCGGCACCGAGCUCUACUGGCUGCACCUCGCCUGCAAGAAACUGGCCAAGCGCUACUCGCGCGACGUGACAGGCGUCUACAACAGAGGCGAUGGCAUCCUAUGGGACCUCAUCGAGUGCGCAGGCCAAAGGAACCGUGACGGCGACCGGAACACUCAGAGCCAGGAAAACAUGGUGCAAACGACAGCGAGCAGCAAAGCGGCCCAGAAGGAGUUGGUCAACCAGCUGGAGAACGCCCUGAUGCAGGCCGAAGUUGGGAACAAGUACAAGUACGUUGUCAUGAUCGCGCAUUCCCAAGGUUGCCUUGUCCUCCGCCUCGCACUCGAGACCCUGCUCCACCGCAAUUCGAGCAUGGUGAGGGAUGCCAUGCGCAAUCGGCUUUGCGUCUUCACCUUUGGCAACCCCAGCGUCGAUUGGCACGGCAAGCUCGACGAUGUGCUCCGCACCGAGCAUUUCGCAAAUGAGAAGGACUUUGUCGCGAAGCUUGGAGUGCUCAAGGACGACAAGCAGUCACCGACGGAGAGAGGCUUCGACAAUGUCUUCGUCAACAGAGAGAAAGAGUGGGUCGGCCACUUAUUUGGCACGCAGUAUAGCCUGAAGACCGAGCACUACACAGACGAUCUCGACACUAAAGGUAGUAAGAGAUCGUGGCUGCUCAACUGUCGGGAGGGCGAGUCUCUGGAUGCAGCGAGAAAGCGAUUGGUAGCGUGA